UAUGAUUACACCUGUCUUGUGUGUUUGUGUUUCUUGCUGUAAGUGGUGGGCGGCACUACCACACUACUUUGGAUUUACUCUUUCAUAGUGAUGACCGAGGGACAGGGAGGAUUUUAGAGACCGCAUGCGAACAAACAGCAUCAGCUCCUCAAUCUAUCCAAGCAGCCUGAAAGAGGAACCGAAUGGCACCACAAAAGCUCCAAACUCUCGGAAAACUAAGAACUAUUACUGGUUAAAUACUGCUAACAUCAGCGGAGCACAUAAGUGUAACAUGGACACAACCAUGUACUACAAAGUCAUCGCUCAGAAUAACUUCACUCUACAUCCAAAUGACACACAAGCAAUCCUCUCCGAUUUUCUGCAGGCGGCGUCAGAAAAUCAUCAGAGUUACAUCAUCAGCCUCUUCCUCUCCGGCCUCUACACAAUAUUUUUCUUUCCUGUGGGCUUCAUUGGGAACAUCCUCAUCCUGGUGGUCAACCUAGACCACAGCGGCCGGCUGACAGCUCCAGACCUCUACUUUGUGAACCUGGCCGUGGCCGACCUCGUUCUGGUGGCCGACUCUCUGAUCGAGGUGUUCAACCUGAAGCAGGGCUACUACGACAAGGCCGGACUCUGCACCUUCAUGAACCUUUUCCAGCAGGCCAACAUGUACAGCAGCGUGUUUUUCUUAACCUGGAUGAGCUUCGACCGGUUUGUGGCGCUGACCAGCACCGUGGGUCGCAGCGUGCCGCGUGCUCGCCUCAGCUGCUGCCUCAUCUGGGUGUCCUCCUCCUUGCUCACUGUGCUGCCUUUCGCUAUAGCUCAAAUGCAGCACGCAGGAGAGCUGCACUUCUGCUUCGCCAACGUGACCCAGAUUCAGUGGCUGGAGGUGAUGCUGGGAUUCUUGCUGCCUUUCUGCAUCCUGGUCCUGUGCUACUGGAGGAUCGCACAGGUGCUCCUACGCAGCCAGAGGGAGCAAAACGGCCCACAGCAGAGGCCCCGCAGGCAGAAAGCCCUGCGAAUGAUCUCAGCAGCUGUGUUGGUUUUCUUCCUCUGCUGGCUCCCGGAGAACGUGUUUGCUAGUGUUCACCUCCUGAGAGGCGACACAGACGGCGGCACACUGUGGCAGGACUACCCUCUGACAGGACAUGCUGUCAGGCUGGCAGCCUUCUCCAACAGCUGCCUGAACCCGCUCAUCUACGGCUUCCUCGGGGAAACCUUUCAGAAAAAAAUGAGGCUUCUUCUCCAGGGGAGGAGCAGAUGGUCCAAGCUGCACAGGUCAGCCUCAGGAAAACUCAUCUAUGUACCCGCUGCACAGAAAUGCCUCCAUGUAACAUGUCAUAGAGCAAGUCAGUCCACAUGUUUAGACCCUAAUAUCCUCCCACAAACUGUUAUGCUCCCUUCAAAUAAACUGCAUACAAAAGGAAACACAAAUUCUUCUUGAACAAUAUUUGUGCCACGAGAUUGAAGACAGUUUGUUAUUAAUGGACAGUAUGGAAUGAAGGACUUCAAGUGCUAAAGGAAUAUUGAAUCAAUUGUUUUUAAAAUGAAAACAGAAAAAUCAAAUUUGUGUCAUUUAGACAAAUGACAUGAAAAUAAGUUCUGCUGACUGACUGCUCUGAACGGCGCCUUCAAUCCCUUUUCAGUUUCUUUCAGAAAAGACAUAACAUGAUAUACAAGAUGAAGUUAUGACCAGCACUGGCAUGCAGCAUCUCAAAUGUAAAAUCAAACUUCAGUUAACUACUCACAAAAAACAGAAACAAAAAACCAUCAAAUCUCUUUAAAUCAUUGCAUUUUCAGCAGUUAAUAUCCUCACCUUGGUUUGCUGUGUCUGUGGUUGCUCAGUCAUCUGUUUCUUUUUCUGUUUCUUGUCCUUUUUUUGUUUUUUAUCAUCUGCUGUGAUUGUUUCAAGAGGAAUCUGUACCGGAGCCUCCUGGAUGAAAUAAAAAGAGUCAUUAUUUUUGA